UCAAUAUUAUUUCCAACUGCAUCUGGCGGAUGUCACCACUUCUGAUAUGGCGUUCGUUCUGAUUAUCCACGCAACUGUGCUGUUGACAAUUACAGCACAAAAAAACCUUACACCAUUCGGACGGGCUUCACAAAUUUCAACUAUAGCCGCGGGGAAAACAGAAGCAAUAAACGCCAUACAGCCCCCUAUAUCAAAUACAUUCUCUUCAAAUUCAAGCACUAUAAUAUAUUGUACCCACACAACUGGUUUUUACGACUCUAACCCGAUGCCGGCUUGGUGGAUGUUUGAAUUUUCUUUUGAGUCUGCAUACAUCACAGAGAUACAAAUAUACUACAGAGAAGGUCAAGCUCUUCGUAUGGAUGGAUUUAAAUUAUAUGUGACUAAUAUAUCAACUAUUCCACCUGACGGUUACCUCUGUUAUGAAGAUCCUGACCCUGGUCUUCCAAACAUCACACAGACAAUACCUUGUAAUCAACUUGGAAAAUACGUCAUUUAUUACGAUGAUAAAGGAUCUGAUCACAAUAUGAGAUAUAUUGGACCUAUAGUUGAACUUUGUUACGUUGCCAUUAAUGAUGGUACAACUACAGAGGGUUAUCAUACUGUUUACGCUUCAAAUACUAGCAAUAAGUGGACUAGUGGAACUGUUUUAUACAAUGGGACAUCUCUGCCUAAUGAAAUCAAAUUUCAAUCCGUUUUUAGAUUUCUAACCUAUGUACCUCCAGUUGGAAAUCAGUCUUCUGAACUUGAACUAUGUGAAAUUGGAAUAAUUGGUUGUCCACCUACUCAUUAUGGUCCUUUGUGUAAUAUAACGUGCCCACUAAACUGUAAAGGUCCAUGUGACCUCGAUGUAGGGUAUUGUACAUUUGGUUGUAUAAAUGGUUGGACUGGUAUAAGAUGUGAACAAGUAUGUCAUGAUGGAUUCUACGGCAAAGAAUGUCUAGAAAUAUGUUCAGCAACCUGUUUGAAUUCACGAUGUCAUCACGCGACAGGAAAAUGCAUCGGUGGAUGCAAAGAUGGAUGGCAAACAUUCAAUUGCUCACAAGAAUGUCCCUAUGGUCAAUUUGGGAGAAACUGUUCUGAGUUUUGUGAUGGAUGUAUAGCAAGAAUGUGUAACCAUAUAAAUGGAUUGUGUGAUAAUGCAUCCGCCUGUGAUUAUGGUUAUAAAUACUCUCCACACUGUAAUAUAGCCUGUGACGAUGGGAAUUUUGGUAAUGAUUGUGCAAAUAGAUGUUUUUGUCUCACCGAGCCUUGCAACAAAAAUGAUGGAAUAUGUCCACCUAGCGGCUGUAGGGAAGGAUGGUAUGGUGAAUCAUGCAACAAAGAUGGAACUCAAUCACGACAUAAAGAGACGUCUAACGCGGCUGCUAUAGGCGGAGCUGUUGCUGCUUUCAUAGUUGUCCUUAUAUUAGUGGCGGCUUUAAUCGUUUACAAGCGCAGAUGUAUAUCAACACAAGACGGAGUUCGGACAAAAUCAAAUGAUGCGACCACCUACGAAAAUAGUAACACUACCAAUAACUCUAAUCGAAACGAGCCACAUUAUGAUGACCUUAUAAGAAUGGACCCCGCAUCAACAUAUCAAGAUCUGACUUCGCAUUCAGAAGCAAAUGAAUAUGAACAAAUUGAUAACACAUAUGUCAAUCAAAGCUUACAAAUAUAACAAUGUUUAAUCAACUGCAAUAAGAAUUUAAAUUUUCUUUGUGACCAAUAUAAGGUUGAAUCAAAAUUAAUCUGCCUUUAAAUAGGACACACGAAGACCGUAAGAAAAAAAACCGCAUGAUAAGUAAAAUACAACAUAUUGAAAUAUUCUUAAAAGAGGGCAAUAGUGUUAGCAAAAUGCCAGAAGACUGGAUGUUUUAUCACUUCUAAGUGCUAUUGUAAAAGAUUUUAAAGGUCAUAACUCCUGCACAGCUUAACUUUCAACCUGCAUUUUGUCAAAAGAAACAAUUAUGGUUUUACAUUUUAAAUACAAAGAAAAGAAACUGUGUCUUAGUUUGCUAAAGCGGUGUUUAUGUUUUCUUCCGACAAAACAAAAUUAAUCGAAGUUAAAAUAGAUGACACUUAAAGAAUAACAUAUUGCAUUUUCACAACCUAAAUCAGCUGUACUUACGUCUCUCUGUUUAAUGAUCAAAUAUGUGUUUAUAAAUAAGAUAAUUGCAAAUUAAGAAAGAUGUCACGAAGGCUUGAAUAUAUCGUGAUUUUACCAGGGGUUGAACCUUUAUGCCAAAUAUUUUAGAAUAUCGGCAAAAAAAAUAUAGUAAUAUGUUAUUUGAUCAUGCAAUGCAUACAUUUAUAGGUAUUUCAUUUUUGAUUAAAAGACCAAUACUUUUUUUAGCCUAUGAAAUGUUUUUAUUUUUCUUGGUGCCAAUAUUAAUGUCAUCAUUGAAAUGGCUGUAAGUUGGUUUAGUAUCAAAAAUGUUGAAAUAUUUGUUUACUUAAUCCUACAAUAUUCUAUAUUCAUGGCCAUGAUACAUUUAACUGUUUUCAGUUUGUCUAUGUAAUGAAUGUGAACCAUAAGGAUGGUUGUCGUUUUUUUUUCUUUAUAGCUUUUGUAAAUAUGUUUCAGUUAUUCUAAUGACUUGGUGAUACUUUAACAUGUUUAAUAAAGUAAAACAAAAAGAAUAAGUACAUCUUUUUGGCGUAUCUCGGUAUUUAAACAUCCCGCGAAUAUGUGAUUGUGAUAAUGUCAUAUUUUGUAUUCAGGUUUGUCAAUUUUGCAUAUGUGUUCCAUAAGUCUCUAUGCAAUUUAAUAUUCCUUUGUUACAUAGAUGUCUGUUUUAAUAGUUGGAAUAUAAGGUUAUGACAUAAUGUUGACUCCUGUAUCCAAUAUAUACCUUUGAUAUAAUAUGUCUGUUUUGUUCACACAUUUUUGUCCAUAUAAUGAUAUAUGAUGUGAUUAUC